AUGGCCGACACCGAACCCAAGCCCGCGGAGACGCCCGCCGAGAAGCCGCGCUCUACCGCGGAGGCGACCAUCACCAAGUACAAGACUGCGGCGGACAUUGUGAACAAUGUCGUCAAGGCGCUCGUACCUAAGCUCGUUGAGGGCGCCAAGAUUAUUGAUCUGUGCAUUGAGGGCGACAAGUUGCUCGAGGAGGGCACUGGCGCUGUGUACAACAAGGCCGUGAAGGGCACCAAGGUGCCCAAGGGCAUCGCUUUCCCGACUUCCAUCUCGGUUAACAACACCGUCGCACACUUCUCCCCUCUCGCAUCCGACCCCAGUGCCGACCUCACCCUCGCCAAGGAUGACGUCGUCAAGCUGCACCUCGGCGCACACAUCGAUGGCUUUGCGGCUGUCUCUGCCGAGACGAUCGUUGUCGGCGCAUCGGCAGAUGAGCCCGUAACUGGCCGCCGCGCCGAUGUGCUCAAAGCUGCAUACACCGCCGCUGAGGCUGCCAUGCGCUUGAUCAAGGUCGGCAACAAGAACUGGCAGGUUACGGAGACCGUCGCAAAGGUCGCUUCUGCAUGGGACACGAAGCCGGUCGAGGGCAUGCUCUCGUGCCAACAGACGCAAAACGUGAUCGAUGGCAAGAAGCGCAUCAUCUUGAACCCCUCAGAUCAACAAAAGAAGGACCUCGAGACCGUGACGUUCGCAGAGGACGAGGUGUAUGGCAUGGACAUCCUCGUCGCGUCGUCCGAGGACGGGAAGGCGCGUAUGGAGGACCAGCGCACGACGAUCUUCCAGCGCGACAGCACGGUCGUGUACCAGCUGAAGUCGCCGUCCGCCCGUCAGGUCUUUGGCGAGGUGGUGAAGAAGGCUGGCGCGUUCCCGUUCAAUGUUAGGAUGUUGGAGGACGAGAAGCGUGCGCGUGUUGGCCUGAAGGAGGCCGUUAGCCACUCGUUGGUGAAGGAGUACGAGGUCGUGUACACCCCGCCAAAGACGUUCGUCGCGGCCUUCCACUUCACCAUCGCGCUCUUGCCCGCCGGCCCGACGCUGCUCACCCACCCACCCGUAUGGUACAAGCCCGAGCUCGUCAAGACGGAGAAGGAGCUCGAGGACGAAGAGCUCAAGGAGCUCGUCACGCGCAAGCUCCGUGAGACGAAGAAGAGCAAGAAGAAGGCAGGCAAGGCCGAGGCCGAGGCUGCGCCCGCCGCGUGA